CUUGGUCUUUGCAUCGUGGAUUUCCUGACUAUAUAUCAGCGCACCUGUAUUAUAUUUCACUUUCUCGCUCUUCUUCACACACACGGGCAGACAGCACUUGGCUCAUCUUCCUCCUUUCAAGGGUUACGCCGCGCUUUUCUCUGUAAAUUCUCCUCCUCCGAUCUCGAAACAUUGGAAAAAUUCGAUCAAUCAUUUGAGCUCUCACAAGGUGUACAAUUCAUUUGAUUCGGGGAAUCCCAAAGAUCUCCGUGAAUUGAAGCGUUUUGGUAUCCCCUCAUGCUCUGCCCGGAAGUACGCAGUGCUGUUUGAAUUGAAGUCACUUUGAUGUGAGGAGAGGUGUUUCGGCUCCUUUUUAGGGUUUGCUAGAUGUUAGAGGGAGAGCUCGAAGAUCUAAGCAUUGGUUUGAGUUGAGAUUCUGAUUCGUAGAGAGGUCGUGAUGGAUUUGGAUUUUAAUGGUGACGUAGCCAGUCUUGACGCUGAGCUCCUGCAGCUCCCGGAGGUGUCUCCAUUGGCCAUCAAAGCCAAUUCGUAUGUUGCCGAGAAGCUCUUUGAUCAAUGGCUGUCGCUUCCUGAUACCGCAUCCUUGGUAAAAAAUUUGGUUUCUAAUGCCAAGGCUGGUGGUACCUUAAAUGUCUCAGGAACUUCUUCAAGCAGUAGUUCUGCCACAAGCAAUUCUUUGCCUUCUAUGUUUCCUGCUGGAAGUGCACCUCCACUUUCCCCAAGGAGUUCAUCAGGUUCACCUAGAAUCAUGAAGCAGAGGGCAGGGCCUUCUCAAUUAGGUUCUCCUCUGAAAUUAGUGAAUCAACCAGUUAAAGAGCUGAUACCACAGUUCUACUUUCAAAAUGGCCGUCCACCUCCAAAUGAAUUGAAAGAACGGUCUUUAUUUAGAAUCAAUCAGUUUUUCUACGGUCACGCGGACGGAAUACAAAUGCAUGAAUUCAAACUGAUAACUAAGGAAAUAUGCAAGCUACCAUCAUUUUUCUCCACUGCUCUUUUUAGGAAGAUUGAUGUUAACGGCACAGGGAAUGUGACCAGGGAUGCCUUUGUUGAUUAUUGGAUCAAUGACAGUAUGCUGACUAAAGAUAUAGCGACCCAAGUAUUCACAAUCUUGAAGCAGCCAGAUCUUAAGUAUCUGACACAGGAGGACUUCAAACCUGUACUUAGAGAACUUUUGGCAACUCAUCCAGGACUGGAGUUCUUACAAAGUACACCUGAAUUUCAAGAAAGAUAUGCUGAAACUGUUAUAUACAGAAUCUUUUACUACGUAAACAGAUCGGGUAACCGCUGUCUUACCCUCAGGGAGCUGAAACAUUCAGACCUAAUUACUGCAUUGCAACAUGCAGAUGAAGAAGAGGAUAUCAACAAGGUCUUGAGGUACCUUUCCUAUGAACACUUUUAUGUGAUAUAUUGCAAAUUUUGGGAGCUGGAUACAGAUCAUGACUUCUUAAUUGAUAAAGAGAAUGUUAUAAGAUAUGGUAACCAUGCACUUACUUAUCGGAUUGUUGAUAGAAUAUUUUCUCAGGUCCCCAGAAAGUUCACUAGUAAGGUUGAAGGAAAGAUGGGUUAUGAAGAUUUUGUUUACUUCAUAUUGGCAGAGGAGGAUAAGUCAUCUGAGCCUAGUCUUGAAUACUGGUUCAAGUGCAUAGAUUUGGAUGGAAAUGGUGUUCUGACAAGGAAUGAAAUGCAAUUCUUUUACGAGGAGCAGUUGCAUAGAAUGGAAUGCAUGGCCCAAGAGCCGGUACUUUUUGAGGAUAUUUUGUGCCAGAUAGUUGACAUGAUCCAUCCAGAGGAUGAAAGCUAUAUUACAAUACGUGACUUGAAGGGAAGCAAACUAUCAGGAAGUGUUUUCAACAUUCUUUUUAAUCUCAAUAAAUUUAUGGCAUUUGAAACUCGUGAUCCUUUCCUAAUUCGUCAGGAGCGUGAGAACCCACACUUGACUGAGUGGGAUCGAUUUGCACACAGAGAAUAUAUUAGGCUUUCAAUGGAGGAGGAUGCUGAAGAUGCCUCCAAUGGAAGUGCUGAUGUCUGGGAUGAAUCACUUGAAGCUCCGUUUUGACAUUUGGUUGUUAGAUACAAGAAAGAUAUAUUUAUACCAUUUGACUCCAUGACAUGCAGUGUGGAAUGCAAAAAAUUGUGUUAUCUUGGAUAUGUUGAUUGCGCAUCAGUCAUUCCACUCUUCUUUCACCAGGUGAUCAUACUGAAGCUUAUUCGGCCUGGCUAUGGAACAGCCAUGGACAAUUUUGCGCAGCAUAUCAUCAAGUUGGAUCAUUUGAUCUGUCACAUUCACAAAAAUAUAUCUCUUGAGAUUGCGGGGCGGCUGGUUAUUUAUCUUUAUCUGCACAGAUGUCGUGCCAACUGAGUAAAAAGUUCCAUGCAAAUGAGGAGGCUUCUGAUUUUGAAUAGCAAGUGUCUUGGCAAGUUACAAUUAUGGCGAUUAAGCAGAAUUACAUUCUGGCUGUUCACAAUUUGUAGAACUCUGUUUUUUUACUCGAUUAGUCGUACGGGUACGUUACUAUUUCCUACUACCGAAUUUGUUAUUUGUUUCAGGGAAACAUUGUAUGUUUUUAUUGAAAGGGGUUCAGCAUAUUAGGUGCCAAGUUUCAGAUGUUUUUUCCAGACAGUUAGUAUCCUGCAAUAUACUCGUAUAGACCCAAUAGUACAUUGUGACAUGUGAUGACUUUAUGAGUUUAUGUAAUGGAUUAUUUUUGUGUUGUUCAA